CGUCGAACAUGACAAAGUGUUUCCCCCUGAUGAUGGUGAUCACAUGCCUGAUUACCAUCUGUUUUGAUCACGCAGCAGCGAGGUCCUAUCAACAGAAAUCAAGGGAAAUUUCCAACAAUGAAUAUCCAAUGCGUCAAUCUGCGGGGGAUGAUUAUGAAUAUCCACUUGAUCCUGGCCAACCUUUUCCUGGCACGAAAUUCGGUCCCAUGGGUCCCAUUGACAAGAAUGAUUUUCGAAUGGCCAAGGAGAUAAGAAAUUUGGCAAGUGACACUGGUACCACGGCUUCAAUAACCACGAGUCCUCCGGUCCAAUCGACCAAGGAAUAUGAAAUCUUCACCGUGGAAUUUCAUCGGGUGGAAACUCCGUUUGUCAUCGGACUUUGGAUAUUUUUUGCCAGCCUUGCCAAAAUAGGUUUUCACAUGGCGCCAAAAUUGAGUAGGAUUUUUCCUGAAUCCUGUCUACUGAUUGCUGUGGGUGUCAUUGUGGGUUUCGUUCUGUCUCACGCAAAUACAAUCGGCGAAUCGCCAUUAACGCCAGAUACUUUCUUUCUUUAUAUGUUACCACCUAUUAUUCUGGACGCUGGAUAUUUUAUGCCAAAUCGACUAUUUUUCGACCACCUUGGAACAAUUUUGUUAUUUGCUGUCCUUGGAACUAUAUUCAAUACACUAUCGAUAGGUGGAACUUUAUGGGCUUUAGGACAAUUUGGCAUUUAUGGAAAUAUUGAGACACCUCUCUUGGAUAUGUUCCUAUUUUCGGCCUUGAUCAGUGCAGUUGAUCCGGUUGCUGUUUUGGCAGUUUUCGAAGAAAUUCACGUCAAUGAAAUUUUGUACAUAGUUGUCUUUGGCGAAAGUCUUUUAAAUGACGCGGUUACAGUCGUACUUUAUCAUAUGUUCGAGGCCUACAGCGAAAUGGGUAUUCACAGAAUUAAUUACACGCACAUUUUGUCUAGCUUGGCAAAUUUUUUAAUUGUUGCGAUUGGAGGCACGAUAAUUGGAAUAAUCUGGGGAUUUGCCACUGGUUUUGUAACAAGGUUCACUCAUCAGGUUCGCGUAAUCGAGCCGAUCUUCAUUUUUAUUAUGGCCUACCUGGCUUAUCUGAAUGCCGAAAUAUUUCACAUGUCUGGAAUUCUCGCCAUUACAUUUUGUGGAAUCACCAUGAAAAAUUAUGUCGAAGCCAAUAUAUCGCACAAGUCUCACACAACAGUUAAAUACACAAUGAAGAUGCUAUCCAGUAGUUCAGAAACGAUUAUAUUUAUGUUCCUUGGUGUUGCGACUGUGAAUAAUCACCAUGACUGGAAUACUUGGUUCAUAGUGAUGACCAUAGUCUUUUGUUCCAUUUAUAGGAUCAUCGGUGUAAUCGUUCUGUCUGCAGUGGCAAAUCAAUUUCGUUUGCACAAGCUUGAUAAGGUGGAAAAAUUUGUCAUGUCCUACGGCGGUUUGCGGGGUGCUGUUGCCUUCGCGUUAGUCCUAUUGAUCGAUCCAUCACACGUGAAGCUAAAAAAUAUGUUUGUCACCACUACUAUUGCUGUUAUAUAUUUCACAGUUUUCAUUCAGGGAAUCACCAUCAAGCCUCUUGUCAAGAUUCUCAACGUUAAAAGAGCAGAGAGAAGGAAGCCAACUAUGAACGAACGAAUACAUGAAAGGAUUAUAGAUCAUACGAUGGCAGGGAUCGAAGAUAUUCUAGGAAAACACGGGAACUACCAUGUCAGGGACAAAUUCAAACGCUUCGACAACAAAUUCAUUCGUCCCUAUCUUGUGAGGGACCAUUGUGGAGCAGAGCCAAAAAUUUUGGAGACUUAUUCCAAAUUGGCAAUGAAGGACGCUCUCGACUAUAUCAGAAGGAAUGCAUCAACCAUUGGGAAUAUAAGUGGUACUGAGAGUAUGUCCGCAAUAUUCAGGAAUUACAGCAAUACUGGCCAAUUUAAUGCCAGUCCGAGCUGUAGCCAAUUGGAGGCUGGUUGGAAUAUUGAUCUUCAGGAAUUGGAGUACAAUCCUUCGAAAAAAGAUUUAACUGACGCUAAAAUACAUCAUCUUCUCGCUGAGGAAUUGUGCAAGCCUUAUAAACGCAGAAAUCGAGAGACUUCGAAAUUGCAGCAUCGUCGCCUUAGCUACAGCCGUCAUGCCGUAGACGAUCGAGACCUCUCGACUCAAGUCAAUUACAAGAUGCACAUGAACAUCAGGCGAAUGGUGGGAGAGCACAAACAUCGUCACAAACGCAGCAAAAAAUUGCUCAAGGAUGACGAGGGCGUCGAGUGUUCGAAUAAUUUUCUAUCGCCUGAAAAUAUUCCAAGAUAUAUUUCUGAUGAUAAGGAGAAGGAUGGUAAGCAGAAUCACGUAAGUUUUCCCGAGUUUCAACAAAAUGGUUCAACGAAACUUUUUUCACAAGAUUAUAUUAACGAUGUGUUGGACGAGUCGGAUAAUGGGGAUUCUUCUAAACCUCCAAACGACUGGGAAUCAGGGAUUACUUUUACUGCCCGCACCUCUGAUUCUUCAAUAACUCCUGGAGCGGAUGGGCCGUCUUCUGGAGCAGAUAUCGAUGACGAUAUCAAAACUGAUUCUAGAACGGAAGAUAGUAGAACUUUUGGAAGAGCAGAUGGCGACAGCUAUAGAGUCACUACACCAACAGCAACAGAAACUAUGUUGCCUUGGAAACGGGAAGAUGACUACGAUUCUGCCCAUCCAAUUAAACAAAAUGAAUUUCCAGCUUGGUGCUCUAAUAAGGAGUAUAUAGCUUAUAGUUCGCCUUCUGCAACAUUUUUAGGAGGGAUUGAACAACCAAAAAUUCAGUCUGUGAUUGGUUAUUUCCGAAGAGAAAGCGCUGCUACAUCCGAUACAUUAGGUUCACACGAUAUUGACGAAAGUGAAGAAUAUACAGCAAUGAGGUUCGACAAACAUAGUCCUCCAAGUACUGAAGGUACAGAGAAAUAAAAAGGGGGAAGUGAAGUUGAUAUUGUGUGGCGGAUUUCUAUAUUUUAUUUCCUUAAAAUUUUAUCUCUAUUUGUUACUUAAUUGCGUACAUGAAACUAUUUCUUUGUUAAGUUUUUUUAUUGUUGAUUAAAUUUUUAUUCGAAUAUUUCAAAAAUAGUUUUAAAACCAAUUACAGGGUUGCCACAAAAAUUUAAUUUUGUUUUCCCUUCACUGACUCUUCUCUGAUUUUUACAGACCGAAUUUUGACUUUUUCCCUGACUCUAAAAAUUCACUCUAAAUAUGAUUAGACUUUAAAAAAUAUCCUAAUACUUUUAUCUCCUAAUUUCUUUAAUUUCAAAGAAUUUUAAUUUUAAACCGUUCGAAAUUUAUUAAUUUAUAAAAAUUGCUACUGUAAAUCCUACAAAAUUAUUUU